GCGCGGCGCCGCUCGGCGACUGCAGCGGGCAGCGCCGGGACGCCUCCCGCGUGGCGCUCUGGGAGUUGUAGGCACUUUCCUUUCCACUCUCCUUCCGCGCUUUGCUCUUGAAGCCCAAGGCCGUACUAACGGGUGGGCGCCUGUAACUCCUAGCCUGUGAACUUUGGGAAUUUUAAUUUCUAAAAAGGUGUCCUGAAUAGAACUCCUCCCAGAGUGCCUCCUUCUACUGGAAGGUUUGAGGACUACAUUUCCCAGGCGACGUCAAGGAGGCGGUGCUUCCGGCGCGCGCGAUGCAUUGUGGACAUUGUAGUCCCACGGGGGCUCGAUUUUCACCUCCCGGGCAGUCCGGGGAUGUGGCCCGGACUACAUUUCCCUUCAGUCCGCCCGCUAUCCCGAGGCCGUCUUGGCGCGAGACAUUUGCGAGCAGAGUGUCUCCAAGAUGGCCGCUUGGGGAAGGAGGCGUCUUGGCCCGGGCAGCAGUGGCGGCAGCGCCCGGGAGAGGGUGAGCUUGUCGGCCACAGACUGUUACAUCGUGCACGAGAUCUACAAUGGGGAGAACGCCCAAGACCAGUUUGAGUACGAGCUGGAGCAGGCCCUGGAAGCCCAGUACAAGUACAUCGUGAUCGAGCCCACGCGCAUUGGCGACGAGACUGCCCGCUGGAUCACCGUGGGCAACUGCCUGCACAAGACCACAGUGCUGGCGGGCACCGCCUGCCUCUUCACCCCGUUGGCGCUGCCCUUAGAUUACUCCCACUACAUCUCCCUGCCCGCAGGCGUGCUCAGCCUGGCCUGCUGCACCCUCUACGGCAUCUCCUGGCAGUUUGACCCUUGCUGCAAGUACCAAGUGGAGUACGACGCCUAUAAACUGUCCCGCCUGCCCCUGCACACACUCACUUCGUCCACCCCGGUGGUGCUGGUCCGGAAGGACGACCUGCACAGAAAGAGACUGCACAACACGAUAGCACUCGCCGCCCUGGUGUACUGUGUAAAGAAGAUUUACGAACUCUAUGCCGUAUGAUUUCAGUAGAACAGGGAGAGAAGCAAUCGGCCCGGCCCACGAGAGACCACAGAGUGUUCAGAUUUGCCACAGUAACAGGUUUUUGCUCUGUGAGGCGGCGGCGGAGCCUGGGAAGGUGUUUGGUUUAAUAUCUGUUAUUUUAAAAAAAUAACACAGGUCACAGGCGUACCAAGGGUUUUUCAACUCCUUACACUAAGAUGUGGAUUUCCAUAACCCGCAGGGGGUCCGAGCGGUGGAAGUCUGGGAAGACCGGGCGGUGCGCGUUGGCGGCACGGCUGCCGAGGGGAUGUGAAUGCGCUUGCGGGGGGCGGGGGGAGGUCUUUAAGUAUAUUGUUUAACUGUACCAUCCAGAGCCAACCAGAAGCUAUUGACCAUUAAAAUUAUGAGAAUUUCAA